AUGAAGUGCCACUAUGAAGUGCUCGGUAUAACGCGUACCGCAGAAGCGGACGAAAUCAAGAAGUCCUACCGAAAACUCGCCCUCCGCUGGCACCCGGACAAGAAUCUUGACAACGCGGAAGAAGCGAACCAACAGUUUCUGCUAGUGCAGGCAGCAUACGACGUGCUCUCGGAUCAUCAAGAGCGAGCAUGGUACGAUAAUCACCGAGAACAGAUUCUACGCGGUGGACACACGGACUACGAGGACAACUCGCUGGAUGUGUUUCCCUAUUUCACUGCCUCGUGCUACAAGGGCUUUGGCGAUGAGAAGGGGGGCUUUUACGCGGUGUACGCGGAAGUGUUCGACAAACUGGCCACGGAAGAGGUUGAAUUCCUUGAUACGGAAGCAGAGUUUGAAGCGAUACCGAAAUUCGGUGACUCGCAGUCCGACUACGAAUCGAUCGUGCGUUUGUUCUACGGCUUUUGGGAGGGUUUCUGUACGAAGAAAAGUUACGCCUGGUUAAACCCGCACAAUGUGUCCGAGAUCCGCGAUCGCCGGAUUCUGAAGGCGAUCGAAAAGGACAACAAGAAAGUGCAGCAGAAGGCACGAAAAGAACGCAACGAGGAAAUUCGCAGCCUGGUGUUGUUUGUAAAGAAGCGCGACAAGCGCGUGCAAGCAUACAAAAAGCUGCUGGAGGAAAAGGCGACCCAGAAUCGGUUGAAAUCACAACAGAUGCGCCUGGAGCAGAUUCGCCGUAAUCAGCAAGAGAUCGAGGAGCAGCAGCGGAACUCAUCGACACAUUUUUUCAACGAUGCAUAUGAGGAGCAGUUAAGGAAACUGGAGGCCGCCUAUGCCGAGGCAUCGGAGGACGAAUCGGUCGAUGAAGAAGAGCAAAUGAACGGGCUAGAUGACGCGAUGGCCGGGCUGAACGUAAGCCGGAACGAAAACGGCGAAGAAAGCUAUUACGUGGACGAUCUGUACUGCGUCGCGUGCGCCAAAAUGUUCACAAACCGUAGCUCGUACGAAAACCACGAAACGUCGAAAAAGCACAAGCAAAACGUAGAACUGCUGCGAAAACAGAUGCGCGAAGAACAGGAGGAGCAAGAUCGGGAAGACGAGAACCAUGACAGCCUGUCGAACGACGAGCUGGAAAAUGCGAUUGGCAGCGAGAACGAGGAGGAACAGGAAUUAGUCCAAAAAGUGGAAAAGAAACCGGAGAAAAGCAAGCAGAAGAAAAACAAGGGCAAAAAGAAGGCACUUAACAGCAACAUACCUGUGAUAAAAUCGUCCGAUGACGAGGAAAACGCACCCGAAGAUGAUGCCGUCGAUAUGAUUGGUUCACGAUUGGGACGUAAAGGUGGCGGACCGGGAACCAGUAGGCUUGCCAAUAGCGACGACAGUGACGACUGGACCGGUGGUGGCAAAAAAUCGAAUCGCAAGGGAAAAGCCAAAGCAAAAGGUUCUGAAUCGAGCUCCAAGAGCAAAAAUACUAAAGCAGCACCGGCAGCAGCUAAGAAGGAUCAGGCUCCAGAGGAAACGUCGGAAGUGCUUGAUGAGCCUUUGGCAAAUAGCACCACGAAAGCGUCGGAGCUGGCUUCCGAUGAUGACAGAGCUGCAGGCCAACCCAGUGAGCAUGCGUGUGUGACCUGCCGGGAAAAGUUUUCGUCCAAGAACAAACUAUUUGACCAUCUCAAGAAAACGGGCCACAGCGUGUACAUCGACAAGCUGAAGCCAACCAAAGCAUCCGGCAAGGGUGACGGAACGAAGGGCAAACGAAAAGGAAAAUGAAAAGAAAA